UUAGUUCCAAGAAGUGGGGAAGAAACGGUAAGGAGAAUUGAAGAGGGUAAAGAAAAGAGAGGUAGAAAAUUUUAAAAGCAGAGAGAACAACUGCGAGAUUAAGAAGUGGUAACGUGGAUCGAAGCUCGAGGGGGAACAAUGAACGCGCGGUUGCACGAGGUGGACGAAGGGAGAGAGGGUGGAAACGUCCUUCUCGGUGACGGUCGUCAGCAGCGGGGUCGUUGCUCCGAUCUCCGCGACGACUGGACCAGCAAGGCGUCGGGUUACGCCGGUGUCGAUGGACGUCACAUGGCGAGAGGAAACGAGAUCGAUUUCCCAUCACGCGAAUUGCUGAAGCCACCGCUGCCGCCGCCUUACGGUCCAGCGACCGCGUUUAGCAACGUCCACGUCUUACCCGGCACUAUUGCCGCACCCUCUUCCACCAUUACGUCACACGCUGGCGAUAAUACUAGAUCACGAGCUUGCGAUAUCGGGACGACAUCUUGCUCCGCGAUGAGAUUUCCGUAUGCGCCUGGGAUGAGUCGCAACGUGGCGUGCAGUGAUGCACCAGCGACGACGUGCAAUGUCGCCCCGACGGGCGUCAAUUGCGACGGUCCGGAAGCAUCGUGGUUCCGCAACGACAACGGCCACGCGGCCGAACCGCAGCCGGGGACACGCGCGGCGAGCACGGCAGCAACCUCGAGAACCUGCCAGGUGGGCCCGGUUGACGUCGAGGACCUCGCGAUGUACUUCGACCUGCCGACGGACGUCUGCAAGCCGCUCACGACGGGUAAUCGCGCGAUCCACUCGAGGAGAUCGCGAUACGGACAGCCCGCGAGGACGGACCAACCCCGGGAGUAUCGUCGCGACCUAGACUUUCGUGAUCUACCCUCUUGCGACCUAGCGUCCGGCCAUCUGCGAACUUGCGACAUGGGUCCCAGUACUCUGGGCUAUUGCGAUCUGGGGUACGGCAACCUACGGCCCCGCGACCCGUCGUACGACGGCCCGCGAUUAUGCGACCCGAGACUCGGCGAUCCGCGAUUUUGCGGCAUGAGACUGUGCGAGGAGCAGCCGCGCGAGCCAGACCGACACGAUCUGGCGGGACGGAGCGAUCCGGGGCCGGGCAAUUGGUUCUGCAACGAUUGCCCGGAACUGUUCAAUUUUUGCAGCGAGGAACGGUGGCUGCAGUGCCCGGCGAGCGAUCGCUGCCCCCUUUACGACACCUCGUACGCUUACGGCGCGCCCGCCUUGCCGCCGUGUAUAUACGAGAAUGGUUACAACGAUAAUGAUAACUGGCAUUACGGCUACAUGGAGGACGAACAGCUCCUCGAGCAUUACUUGAGUAACGAGAAGAGAAAGGAGAGGUCCCGCGAUGCUGCGCGCUGUAGACGCAGCAGGGAGACCGAUAUCUUUACCGAACUCGCAGCCGCGCUUCCGGUCGCGCCGGAACAAGCCGCGCUCUUAGAUAAGGCCAGCGUAAUGAGAUUGGCGAUCGCCUACCUCAAAGUCCGGGCCGUCGUGGAUUCCAUUCCAGUUUCGCUGACAAAGUCCGAAUCGUCCACAAAAUUGGAUGAACUAUUUCCAAAAGCUCUCAACGGCUUUAUGUUAGUUCUCUCCAGUGACGGCAGUAUGGUCUACCUCUCAGAGAACGUCAAAGAUUAUCUCGGAGUGUCACAAAUGGACAUGAUGGGACAAAGUAUAUAUGAAUACAGUCAUCCCUGUGACCAUGAUGAAUUGCGCGAGUGCCUCUCCUCAAAGUCGACGGAUACCAAUGAGAAACGUGCCUGCAGCUUCUUCUUGCGACUCAAAUGCACCCUGACCAGCAAAGGCAGGAAGGUUAAUCUAAAGAGUGCUUCUUACAAGGUAAUUCACUGCACCGGCAGACUGACAAACAUUCACGACUCAAACGCGAACUCCAUGGAGGUUGAUAGUAAAGAGCAACGAAAGGAGGAUGAGGAUUCGGUACCAGACACAGGUGCUUCUCUAGUACUCGUGGGCAGCCCCAUACCUCACCCUAGUAACAUUGAGAUACCUUUGGGUCGCCAUACCUUUUUGUCGAAGCACAGUCUCAGCAUGAAAUUCACCUAUGCCGACGAGAAAUUGGCCGAAUACCUGGGCUGGAGCAGCGAAGAGCUGGUGGGCCAGUCGGUCUUCGAGUUUUAUCACGCACUCGAUAAUCUGGCAUUGGACAAGUGUUUCAAAUGCCUGCUGAGCAAGGGCCAGUGCGAGACCGUGGCGUACAGAUUCCUCGGCAAGAGAGGCGGCUAUGCCUGGGUCGUUACCCAGGCCACUCUGAUCCACUGCUCCAAGCAGCAGAAGCCGAUCUCAAUCGUGUGCGUCAACUACGUUCUAAGUGGGAUCGAGCACGAGGAUGAAGUGUACAGCGUGCGCCAGCUGGCCGCGCGUGACAGCGACGCCGAUCUGGUGAAGAUAGAGAAACCGUUGCCUGUCCUGGUGCCGGCCGGUGGUGCCGUGUCGACGGCGGACCCGGGUCAGGUAUCGCUGAACGACGAGGAGGCCCUCGCGGAGGAGCCGGCUGUCGACAAGUCCAGGAGCGAGGAUCGACCGUUCGCCGUUACCGCGUUAAUCUUCCGCUCGGCCGACGAAAAGGGCGACUGCGAGAACGAUUCGCGGAAGGACGGCGCCUUGCCGAAACACGCCCAGGAGGAGAAGGCGUUCGUGCAGGCUCUCAAGGAGUCCCUGGAGGAGUCGAUUAAGGAAUCGCUGCAGGAGAACGACGAGCCGGCAGCAGUGAACCGGCAAGACUGCCGGCAGUUCCUCGCUAAGAAGACAUCCCUUAUAUUCCAGGAUAAACCGACGGUACGCGAUACCUCGGACAGUGCUGGAUACUGCGAUCGUCCACAGUCCGUCACGAGACAUCUGUUUGCGCCGCUCGCAACCACCUUGCAGCAACAACAGGAACAGCAACAGCAACAACAGGAACAGCAAUUAUCUUGCCGGCCGCAAACGGCCACAGCGAGCAUCUUCGCGCCUCGCACCGAGGACAUGAACAAGGGCUUCUUGACUUUCAGCGAGGAUCAGCCGGGUCUCACCAUGUUGAAGGACGAGCCAGAUGACCUGACACACCUCGCACCCACGGCUGGCGAUGUAUGCGUACCCUUGGAUACUACUCCUUACCUGUCGGACAUGCUAGACGAAUUUAUCUUCGGCAACGAUCACUACAGCUGUCCCCUGCUUAGUCCAGGCGACACUCUGACGCCAGAGCUGCGUUCCGCUGACCUCUCAGCGUCCCUCAAGGACGCAGACUUGGUGGAUUCUACUACCAGGGCCAAGGACACAGUUGACCGUCUGGCCGAUAGCGAUCCCUUCAUGUACGGCGACUCGCCCGGAAGUCCCUGCGGCAUCGACCCAAGCACCGUGUCGCCGUCCCUCUCCAAGUAUCGGCAGAGUCCUGAGCGCAGCGUGGACUCAUUGGGUAGUCCUACAGGAGGUAGCGGCGGCGAUGGUCUUUCCGAGGACGAGAUGCUCAUGUUAGGUAUCAAUGAUAGUAUAGGGGACGAAGAGUUGGCGCUCAGGGCACCUUAUAUUCCAAUGUCGGAUCAGGACGAGGCGUUAGAGCUUCUCAUUAACGAUGACAUGGUCAUGUGGGGCUCGUCGCAAUCUGCCGACAAAGGAUCUUCAAAGUGGCUACUCGAUGACCGAGAGCAACGUAAUUCUGAAUCCAGUCUGGUACAAUUGUUACGAACUGACCAAGCGGUAUCGCGGCGGUACAACGAUCACGGCGGAGGUUUGCUAAAUCCGCAGUUACUGGGACAAACGCCCAGAAAAAUGUUCGAAUCUGAUCAGUGGUCCUCUAAUCAGGAUCGUCCCAAUAAACGCAUUCACUCCGGAUUUAAUACGGACUCCGAGAGCGAAUAUAAGCGUCUUAAGUGUGACGACUCGUCUUUCGAACGUAUAAAUCUCGAAGACACUUUGGUGACGAAGCAACAGCGUCUGUCGACGACACUUCACAAAAAAUUACUGCCAAGUCUCAGUAAUAGCUGCGGCAGCCAGCUUCUGCGUCGCCUUGUCUCGUCGCAAAUGCCGAGCAUCACGUCGCAAGUGGCAACUCUACCCGACAGUGGUGUCGAUAUUUGUGGUGACGGCGAACGUCGCCGCGGGGACAUUUCGAAGCCGCGCGUUCGCAUCCUCGAUAACUUCAUCGACUUCGUCGAAACGGAGGGCGAUCGCGGUGGGGGAGGAGGCAGAGGCGAAAAUCGCGGCGGCAUCAGUGGCGUCCUAGAUAAGAUCGACACUGCAAGCCGGAGGAGGAAUCCUUCCUGCGACACCGGUGGCAGCAGUGUGCUAAUGAAUCUCCUGGUUUCCGGCUGCGAUGAUCCUCUAAUGAAUUCCCGCAACGUGCCAACUCUGUUGUCGAGGAACCUGAUGGCCCCGUUGUCUGUUAAUGUGGACAAUCAGAUAUCGCAUUGCGGGACUGCAGACGUCAUAUCCUUGCCCGACCACCUCAGCCCGGACACCAGGAAACACUUGAUCGGGCCCGUUACCGGCGGGGGCAGGGACGGGAGUGCAACUCCCAUAGUCUCACCCACAACGUCCGCGAUGGUAUCCUUCGACGGCUUCGACUACGACGAAUCCGCGGGCCUGCUCGAAGUCGGACCAGAUCUACUCGGGAAUCUACUGCUGGAUCGAAAUCCGGUGUGAUCCAUCGCGAUGUGAUUUAUGCAGAUACACCAGAGGAUCCAGCGAUCAAGAAAAUUAGAAGCCAGAUUUAUUCAGUGUUCGCUCUUUCGUAAAAAAAGUCUCAGAAGUUUUUCUUUUAUUUCCCUUUCGUGAUACGAAAUGCAGCUAUAUUUUUGCUUUCUUAAUCUAAUUAAAUUGUAAUUGGGCUGCUGAUUAAAUUCUCAUUGUCGACGUUACACUCAGUUUCAGAACCUGUACAAUAUACUAUAUGCAGAAAUAGAAAGCGUAUGAAGGAAUUGCGAUUAAAAUGUUACACAUAGAGAGAUUUUAUGAGGAUCCUGCUUCUAAUUUUUGCGUGUAAAUAGUCGUUUAAUUCCCAGUGCUCUUUAAUAAUUUGUUAAGCAUCCGAAGAUCCCAGAAACACAGCGCAGUUUACAAUUAAAUUGAGGAAGAUAUUCAAUUAAUGUAAAAAUGACGUGAUUCGAGAACGUUAAGAUCCAGAUUUUAAUUGGUAUUUUUAGGGUGAGAUAAUUGUAAGAUAAUUUCUUUAAGUGGUAAUCGCGAGUCACGUCGUUUUGAGUGAUACUUUUUUACAUUGUUCUCUGAAAUCUGCGAGCGAAUGUUUAUCAAGUAUGACAAUGGGUUUUGACAAAUUAGGACGAGGCAAUUAAUUUGUAUGUUCUGACGAGCUGGAUAGCGAGUUAAGUUUAGUAGGAUGAUGCUCUAUUGUAAAAAUGAGAGUCAUAUCUUUCAGUCAGGUCGAUCAAAGGCUAUACCAUUUUUAUAUGACACGAAAAAAUUUGUAACAUUUUUGUCCGUGCAUUUAAUUGUUUUUCUAUCACGUAUUUUAUAAACAUCACAUAUGUAUAUCAUAAUUCUUUUGAGUGUAUCAUAAUACAUUCGCAUUUUAAACAUUAGUACAAUUAUUGAAAGAAAUACGUGUUCAAGAGUAAUUCUUAUAAGAUUUAAUUUGUAAGGUAUAAAAAGUUGCUUUCUACCACUAAUUUGUAGUUUUUAUUACAAAUUAUUGUUCGAUUAUAUUAAUUUGCUUCUAAAAAAAUAACGUUUGGUAUGGUAGGAUUUAGAUUGUAGGUAUAAUCAAGUUUGCCUAAUUAUCAAAGAAAGGUGGAUGGUAAAUUAAAUGUUAUCUAAUAACAACAAUCGCCCUUGAAAUUGGCUAAGAAGGUUGCAGGCAUUUAUAAAAAAAAACAAUUUAAACUUAAUAAGAAAAUAUUAAUUAAAUAAUUAUUUAAAUAUGUCUAAUGGAAAGGAAAACGUUGUAGCCUUUUAGCGACUCGACCUGUCUUUUCUAAAAGUUGUACAUAAACGAAUGCAUUUAUACGCAUUGGCGUGCAAAUUUGCGUAUAUAUUAACUAAUUAAGUAGGAAGUUUAACAAA